AAUGUAAAAGUUUAAUGGAGUUCGAUCAUUAGUGAAUCUAACUAAAUUCAAAGCAAGUGAUCACCAUCUAAAAGCUACUCAUCAUCAACCAAAUAGACCAGAUUUAAUGACUAAAGUUGAUAUUGAUAAAUAUAGAGUCUUCAUUAACAUGCAUCCAGAAGCAAGAGAAAGAUUUUUUGCUACUUACACAUGGUUACCUAAAAUCACACCGUAUUUCAUUAUUCAAUUAUUUAAUUUAGACUAUAUAAUUCAACUAUUGCCAAAUAUAUUGCAACUUCAUUCUCAAGUGUAUAAGCUGAAGCUGUUUCUGAUGUCUAUUUCCCACCUAAAGUAAUACAUCCAUUCAUUCCCUUUAGCUUCAUGAAAAUGGCAUUAAUAUUUAUACCUCAUAUAGAUUCGGAAAAGCCUUUAGAUAUGGCAGAUCUUUAGAAAUUGUGGGAGGAAUCUUCUUCUUAACUACUAAAUAUCCCAUCUAUUAUGCUCUUGUUGCCCUUUUUGGCUACACUGUAGGAUUCAAUGUACAAACUAAUUAUAAAUAUUAGGCCUACUUCUAUGAACUCACAAGAAGAACAGUUAUCAGAAUGGAUUUAUUACCUCAUACACAUUAAAUUGUAUGUCAAAAAGUUGGUGCCUUUGGAUAAGUGAUCACUAAAUUGCAUCAAAUAUCUGAUUUGGAACAUGUUAAUUUUUCAGAACAAGAAACAAAAGGUAAUCUUUAUUCAUAUUAAUAUUAAUUUAGAGAAUUACUUUUGGAAUCUCCAUUACCAUAAAUUAGAUAGAAAUCUAAUCUUCAAAGAUAAAUCAACUGGAGAAUAUCUCACUUUUGACAGUGAAGGAUGGUGGGAUAGAUAAGCCUUAGAGCAUGAAUUGCUUAAUUGAUU